GAAUCGUCAGCGGUUACAUCAGCCGCCGCAUCACCGAAACGCGUACGAUUAUCGCGAGGUACAAACGCGUAUUUCGAAUUCGAUUCGGAAACGCAUAUUGUGAUGUGGCUCGCCCGCGCACGCAUACCGUCCAUCGCCGAUCGCCGGCGUUUGUAAAAUUUCGCUGCCGAGACACGAUUUCCUCGGUCCGCGCGAGCGCUACUUUACAUUCAAUUUCCGUCCGGCUCGCCGCCGCGUAUCGAUUCACCGUCCCCCGACGUCGACUGGAUAUCGAUCCGCGUUCCAGUCCCCCGCGAUCACGAUCCCGAGUCGUCUUCCUCGAUCGCCGCCAACGCGGUUGAGCUGCACUCGAGCCUAUCCCAAUCGAACUCUCGUUGUACGAGCGCACUCACACACACACACACACACACGCAUUGCACACGCGUGUGCGCAUUCGCGAGUACGAUACUACGACGAUAAUAUUAUAGUAAACGACCGUGACUCUGGAACCCGAGACACGCUUCGAUCAUGCUUUCUGCGACGUACUAUUGCGCCGUGUCCAUAGGGCUAAAUUGCUGAAAUACUGAUCCUGUUGCAUUACGACUACAACUUUGCCCCUUACGGUUUUCAAAACAGACUCCUAUUACAACCUCUCCUUCGUCCUAAUAGUAUAGUCCUCUUCCCCCCUCCCACAAUUGACAGCGACGGUUUUAACUUUCGGCCAUCGUCAAAGGUCUUCAUGUACACCUAAAUGUCUUGGCGUGUGACUUUCCGGCUGUCGCAUGUGUUUGUUAUGAUCUGACAUAAUAGAACACACUUUUGCCACCGUUAACCUUUGAUCUUGUAACCAUGGCCGACGUACUACAGUCCAUUUGCAACCCGUUGCCGCUGUCAUCCAGCCAGUCGUCAAUAGUUAAAGAAGGAUGGCUGUUCAAACGAGGAGAACACAUUAAAAAUUGGAGGUCCCGGUAUUUUAUACUGUUUGCCGAUGGUUCACUUAUGGGCUACAGAAACAAACCAGAAGGUCCAAUGACCGAACCUCUCAACAAUUUCACUGUAAAGAGGUGUCAAAUAAUGAGUGUUGAUCGUCCCAAACCAUACACAUUCACAAUUCGAGGAUUGCAAUGGACCACUGUUAUUGAACGAACUUUUCAUGUGUCUUCUGAUAAAGAAAGAGAAGAAUGGAUGACUGCCAUUAAAGGUGUAUCAGAACGUUUGUCUGAUGUUGAUGAAGUUGAAAUGGAAGGGGUAUCUCAUUCGACUAGCAUGUCAAGCACAAUGUCAGGACCCAGUUCAGAUGACUUCAGUGCCAAAUUUUCUGUUCAAGGAACAUCUUCAAGUAAAUCCACUGGAAAACGAAAAGUGACUCUUGAGAAUUUUGAGUUUCUUAAAGUACUUGGAAAAGGUACAUUUGGAAAAGUGAUUCUAUGCCGAGAAAAAGCAACAGGUCAUUUAUAUGCUAUCAAAAUUCUUAAAAAAGAAGUCAUCAUCCAAAAAGAUGAAGUUGCUCAUACGCUAACUGAAAACAGGGUUCUCCGCACUACUAGUCAUCCUUUUCUAAUAUCAUUGAAAUACUCAUUUCAAACUGCAGAUAGAUUAUGUUUUGUCAUGGAGUAUGUAAAUGGCGGAGAACUAUUCUUCCAUUUGUCAAGAGAACGUGUAUUUACAGAAGAUAGAACUCGUUUUUAUGGAGCUGAAAUUAUUUCUGCUUUGGGUUACUUACAUUCCCAAGGAAUUAUUUACAGGGACUUAAAACUUGAAAAUUUACUGCUAGAUAAAGACGGUCAUAUUAAAAUUGCCGACUUUGGAUUGUGCAAAGAAGAUAUAACUUAUGGGUCAACAACCAAAACAUUUUGUGGCACACCUGAAUACUUGGCUCCAGAGGUGUUAGAAGAUUUAGAUUAUGGUCGGGCAGUUGAUUGGUGGGGAAUAGGAGUAGUCAUGUAUGAAAUGAUGUGUGGAAGGUUACCAUUUUAUAACAAAGAUCAUGACAAAUUGUUCACUCUCAUUUUAAUGGAAUCUGUACGAUUUCCAAGAGGACUUUCUGCUGCUGCAAAAAGUUUGCUAACUGGUCUUUUAAUUAAAGAUCCCAAAACGCGAUUGGGCGGAGGUCCUGAUGAUGCCCAAGAAAUCAUGAGUCAUGUUUUCUUUAGUAGUAUUAAUUGGUUGGAUUUGGAACAAAAAAAAAUUCCUCCUCCAUUCCAACCUCAAGUAUCAUCAGACACAGACACACGAUAUUUCGACUCAGAAUUUACUGGAGAAUCUGUUGAACUUACUCCACCUGACCUGUCAUCGCAUCACCUCAACAGCAUUGCAGAAGAAAUGGAGCAAUCACAACCAUACUUCCCACAAUUCAGCUACCAAGACUUAGCUGGAUCAAUAUCAAUAAGUGCCAGUUCGUGUUUCAGUCAUACGUGAACAAAAUAAAAAUAUGUAAGUGAUUCUGUAAAAUAUUGCUUAACAAUUAAUUAAUUUACUACAAAUGAUAAACUGACUUUACUCUUCAUAUUUUUUUCUUUUUGACAUUAGGCUAUUUUCUGUAUAUAAAUUAUAUUAAUACUAUACAAUGUUUUGAACUAGUGAAUUUUUUUUUUUGAACUUUGGUCAAAUACUUAUUGAAACUUAUAACACACAAAAAGUCACUCUUAUAAGAUCGUUCAGUAUUUAUAGAAUUUUUCAUCUAUUUAUUUUUCUGUACGUAGCUGUUUAUUAUAAAUUAUUGCUGUUUUUUUUUUCAAUUAUUAUUAUUUUUUUUUCUGUCUUGUUGAAAGUGUUUGUUUUGUGUACAUAUUGUUGAAAAUUUAUUCUAAAAACAUUUUACCGGCCUCCCUUGUAUGCAGGAUACAUUUUUAUCCUUAAAAAUUGUAAAGCAUUUUUUUUUUUUAUGUUUUCGAUGCGGAAUUUCUGUUUGUCUUAAUUUUACAUCAUAGUGAGCUCUAUAGAUAGUGUAUUGGGUUAUAAGGGAGUAUGAUUGGGAAAAAUUGUAGGUAGAAAAUGUAUACAAGCGGGAUUUGUACUCUAGAAACUAUUUAAAAAGCUUGCAAUUAAGUUUUUAUAUAAUUAUACAUUAUGAAUUAUAUUUUGUAAUAUAGCCUUUACACUUUAUUUGAA